GUACAUCCUGUACUGGAGGAGGAGGUUCAGGGAGCAGCCCAUCACCGACUUCUGCAGCGUGAUCCGAAUCAACUCCACCGCUCCGCUGGAAGAGCAGGACAGCUACUUCCUGCUGUGUGACGUGCUGCCGGAGGACCGGGUGCUGAGGGAGGAGCUGCAGGCGCAGAGACUGUCCCACAGACGGAUGGAGGUGCUGAAAGUGAGCCUGAUGGCAGCUUACAGAAGCAACUUGCACAGAACUGCAGGCCGCUCACACAGUCACUGAAUUCCU